CCUCGUUCACAUGCAAUAACUACAGUCGACUAACAGCAGUCAACCGUUGUCAAAACCAAGCUAUCUUUCACUUUUUAUAUCUCUGUCUUCUGCCCUUCGUUUUUUCUCCUGCGUUGGAGAAGCUCUCCACUUUUCUCUCUUGCCUCCACUCUGACCAGAUCUGAGAUUCGAAGCCGAGAUCUAUACCAGGUUACACGAUGGGGCUCACAUUUACCAAGCUUUUCAGCAGGCUUUUUGCUAAGAAGGAAAUGCGCAUUUUGAUGGUGGGUCUUGAUGCUGCUGGUAAGACUACCAUUUUGUACAAGCUGAAGCUUGGGGAAAUUGUUACUACCAUCCCUACCAUUGGAUUCAAUGUGGAAACUGUUGAAUACAAGAACAUCAGUUUUACUGUAUGGGAUGUUGGGGGUCAGGACAAGAUUCGUCCACUAUGGAGACACUACUUCCAAAAUACACAGGGUCUUAUAUUUGUAGUGGAUAGCAAUGACAGAGAUCGUGUUGUGGAGGCAAGGGAUGAGCUACACCGCAUGCUGAAUGAGGAUGAACUACGAGAUGCAGUGUUACUUGUGUUUGCAAAUAAGCAGGAUCUUCCUAAUGCAAUGAAUGCUGCAGAGAUAACUGAUAAACUUGGGUUGCAUUCUCUUAGGCAGCGACACUGGUAUAUCCAAAGCACCUGUGCAACUUCUGGUGAGGGCCUGUAUGAGGGCUUGGAUUGGCUUUCAAACAACAUUGCAAACAAGGCUUGAAAUGACAGUGGACUGGGCUUCAAGAAUUUUGUAUUACAAAAAUGUCUUGUAUCUUUAUUGAUAGAGACAGUUUGAGGAGAUAAAAAUUUAACAUAUGCAGUCAAACUGACUCAGAAGAGUGACUGCUAUUUUCACCUGUAAUUUGACUUCUUACAUUUGUUUGAUUGUUUUUAUGGAUUUGAUUGUGCCAGCUGCACUAAUUUAUAUAUCUUACGAAAUUAAAUGACAGUGUGAGUAGUUUUUAUCUCA